GCACCUGUCAAACAACAAACAUGGCGUCUUUCGGCAAACAACAACGCCGUUGGAUUAGUCAUCAAAUGACGAACCCAGGUGUUGAUGUGGAAGACGAUAUGGAUAGUACUGGCUAUGAGGGUGAAAUGAAAGCAUGGUCCAGUGUGAAUCACCUGUUGCGGAGUAAUGGUUACGUAAAAGUUAAACUUCUACAUCCAGCAGAUGUUUCCCUUGCAACAGAUAAUGUUGUCUGUGUUGAUCUUGCGACAAGUGAAUCUUUGAGAGAUACUUUAACAACACUUCUUAGUGACCAACCAGAGCAGCAGAGCUCCUUGAUGGAGAAGUAUCAGAACAAGGUGAAGGACCUCAAGGUCAUGCUGGAGUGUUCCAGGGCCAGAGUGCAGGAACUGGAGCAAGAUGCUCAGAGUAGGUUGUCCUACUACAAAGAUGAAGGAGAGAUGCUGCGGAACACCAAGAACGUAAUCGUGUCCAAGCAGCGUCAGCUGGAACAGCAGUGCCAGGAACAGGAGCUGGAGAUUGACAUGCUCAGGAGGAAACUGAAGAGGAUGGUUGAUGAGGAGACAAGAAGAAUCAACAGGCAAAAUCAGGUUUUUCAGGAAUUCAAGAAGAGAACUUCAAGAGCUCAUAGUGUCAUGGAUGAAAAACUACUUGACAUCAUUGAUGCCUAUGAAGGUCAAGUAAACACAUUGCAAAGAGACCUGGAUCAGUCCAGAUCUGGUUUACCAUUCGGUGCUGAAGACAGUGAAGAGUCCUACCUUUCUCAUCACCCAAACCCUUCACAGAAUGUAAAAGGAAUCAUGAAGGCAUAUGAGAAGCGUACCCAGUCGCUGCAGAAGAAGGUGAAGCGGCUGGAGGAGGAGAAGGAGUUGAUGAAAAUGGAUAUGGGCAGCAAGCCUGAAGUGAAGGAUUACAGACUUGCUACACAGAGAGUUAAGAAGCUGGAGAAACUCCUGGCCACACACAACAUCAGUGUCCCUGGAGAGAAGAUCAACAAAGAUCCAUUUAGACUCAAGAGAAAAUACAGCACAAGAGUUGAAGAUUUAGAUUAUCUCCCCUUGGACUUUUGUCAACAGUAUCUCAGGGACAUAUCAGCUGAGCUUGGUAUAGAUGAUAUUGACAGGAUAAGCUUGUGUAUGCAAAGCAUCAAGGAAGAAAUUAAAGAAUGCAAGAAAUAUGAAGGGUAUUUCAAACGUAUUCACAACAUUGUACAAGCUGUGGAACGAGGAAGCCAGGGUAGUCGAGGUCAGAGAUCCAGCCCCAAGAACCACAUGACGCUGACAGACAAGAGUCUGCAACAUGAUAUGUUUGUUGUGGAGAGCUGGAGCCAAGAUAUUUCUUCAAUGCAGGAGCUCCAGUUGACCAUGAACUCAUUGCUAGACAGGCUGGCCCCAUGGGCAAAGAUCCAUUUCACUGGAGGUCACAGUGUUGAGGAAAUAAUUGAGACACUUGAAAAUGUCGCUGCACAGGAGGGCUCCAGUGUUAAGAGGGAUGGUCAAGAACACCCUUCAAGGGCAGAAAUGGAAAAUAUCAUGGAACACUUUAUGACCCUGUUCGAUGUUCCGACUGUGGCUGGUGUCUUCCCCAGAAUGACAGAACUCUACACAAAGCUUGGCGAGGUCCAUAAUGUCAUGAACUCCCUGAGGAACAUACUUUCUCUAAGUGAUGACAGCAAAUCGUCAGCUGUAGUGGACUCUGUAGGGCGGCUGUGUCAGGCACACAACUCCACCACUGCCAAACAGCUCAAGCAACUGCUGCAGACAGACGACCUUGAUGGAGUAAUACGACGACUAGAUGAACACAGGAAGUUCUUCCCACCAUUUCAGGAACUCACAAAGAAGCUGCUGCAGAUAUUAGGUAUAGAGAGGCUGGAUCAGAUCGUCCCUGCAGUCCGAGCCCUCAAGAUGUUAUCUCACUGAUCCCAAAGGCAUCAGCCCCAAGUUCCGUCCUCUAUGCACAAACUGGGGACUCUGGAUAUCUCAUUCAUAGAAAAUUUAAAUCAGAGUCCUUUUUGUAGUCAAACUUUCUCUCUUUUGAGAUUAAGUCAUAUCAUGAUUAUACAGUGUACCAUCUGUCUUAUUUUGUUAUGACAAAUCCUUAGACCUGUUUGCUAACAUAGCUUCUUUGACACAGUUUCUUCAUUCAUGACGUUACAAUCAUCAAAUGACAAGGCAUUAUCCUUAUAAAUGAUCUGUUAGAUGAAAAAACUACUCUUUCGUUGUCCCAGUUAUACCUGAGAUGGCACAAGGUAUGUUCAGUAUUGGCAGUAUCAGAGCUUGUUCACAUAAUGAAAGAACACCCAAGCUGGAGUGGAUGGCCCUUCAAGCGUUAAAAAGAAAAGCUAUACAUUUGUUGUACAAGCAAAUGGGUCUGGAGUAUUGUCAUAACAACAGUGAUAUAUGCAGUGACAUUGUAGCAGAUUUUUGUUGUAAAUGUCACACACAAUACUGAUAGCAGCAUACAGAAAAUGUCUAAUGUUAUGGUAAAUACAAUAUAAAUUAUAAAAUACCAACAAUCUUUUGUUUGCUCCUGCCUUGACUUUACCCGAUGGCACAUUUGUCAAUGCUAUUUGUGAACAGGAUGGCAUUAUUUCCUGAAACCUGUACCUUCAGAAUGUCUGGUGCCGAUACUCAGGACAAAACAGUAUGCAGUGAAUAACUGUAGUUAGUAGGCGACACACAUCAAACAGGACAGUCACUAAACACUUAUACAGGAUAGGAUACAUGCCUCAUGAUACAAUGUGUAUCAUGGUACAUAUGUUUCAAUGUAGUCGCUUAGUAUGUCAUAUCUGAGUUUGGAAGUAUAACACUCAAUUCUAUGAUGAAUAAUUAUAAGCUUCAGUUUAGCCAGAAGUUAGGAAAAUAUUCGAUAGCAUCAAUAAGUAAGCUUACGUGUAGCGGUAAAAUGUAUCUGCUUUUUCGUACUAUUUUUCAGGUUAUAGUGUCCAGACUCAAAAUGAGAUAUCAUAUAUUGUCUCAAAUAUAGACAAAUAUCACUUGUUGAUAUUCCAAUGAAUCAUUACUUCCCUCUCAGAAUUGUUUGUAGAUGAUGGUCAGUAAGAAAACAAUACCCAAAGGCAGCACUUUCACAGUAUAUUUCUUGAAUGAUAAAGGAUGUUGCUUGUAGAACCUUUUCAGAUACUAUGCAGUUGAACCUGACACAAUUCACAUGUAUAGUGAGUGAUAAAACUACAUCAGCUAUGAAUUCCACACAUAUACACAAAGUGAGAAAAUGUCAUUGUUAAGUUAUGGUGUGAUCAAUAGAUUGAUCAUCCUCGAUAAUCUCCAGGGUAUACAUUACGAUAACUCUCCACUAUACCCUGGAUGCAUCCACAGCUUGUGGGGCGAUGAUUUUAUUACCU